ACGAAAAUGUAUCCUGUUACAAUAGAGCUGGGUAACAAGUCUACGCGACUACUUGUAUCAGCUCUACCGACGCUUUCGGAACAUGUCAUCUUAGGCAUGGAUUUCUUAAGGAAGCGAGACCUGACUAUCACCAUCGAUGGCCAACCUCUAACCGCUACACGCCUAAGCACACCGGCACCCACCGAUCAUCUUGCUAUGCUAACCGAGAGGCAACUUAACGCAGCAAGCAUACCAGACGCUUACCCACUUCCCCAGAUAAACACGAUCCUAGACCGUUUGCUCAUCUCUUUCCAGAUAAACGAAAUGAAACACGUAGUGAGCGGAAUGCCACACGCAUCGGGCCGCCAUACCAAGCGCCAACCACAACCAGCAGAUGAGCCUCAAAAGCCACAACCACCACCGGAAGCACGACUUCGUGUGCACACAAAUGCAACCGAGGUGCACCCGUUGAACGCAAUAAGCGUAGACGUCACCGGAUCAGCCGCCCGAACUCGCCCGAGGGCAUCCAAGCAGCCCCUAGAGCGCAGCGUCAUCAAAGCCUCCACCCGAAGUCGGCCGGCCACAGAACCAGCGGUAGUAGAAGUAUUGCCACGACAGACGCCGUUCAGCACAAAUGCCCGGAAGCUCCCGACCACCAGGAGAGCCCUAACGCCACGUGAAGCAGACCACGAAGCUGGUGGUCCAGCGAGGCACGGCAACGAGUACCGUCAGGGCGGAAGCCAGUACCGCGAAGCCACUCGCAGAGAAGGCGCAAAAAGCACCCGCCACAACAACGCCGGCGUGCUCGAACGACGAUGGGGCGUCUGCCCCAGCAACUGCCACGACCAACGUCGAGACAACGCCGCCUCACCCAAAAGCGACACCAACCGCGACGACGACCCGACCUCCAAUUGCCGAGAUCAGCGCACGACCGGUCACGCCUGACACAUCGCACCAAGAAGUAACACCGGUGACCGAAAUCCCAGGGUUCCUGGAAGGGCUGGUAAUGACACGACAACACUUUAUCAAGCGCUCCAAGCGAACGCUAUUCUUCCGGGGCCGACGUCUAGCCCUACAGAAGCUAGAAGGCGACCGGGUUCUGGUGCGAUACGGUGGGGAAAGAUGCGUGCUUCAUUUAUAUGAGUGAAUACCUCAGAGCAGCCAUCACAAUUAAGUUACUAGUCUUAAGUAUGUAUUUGCACUAUUUAUGCAUUUAUGCAAUUACAUUAAAUGGGUGUCACUAGUUGUAAGUACGCAUAGCUAUAAGACCUAAGACGCCUUUGUACUAUAGGUUAAGAAACAACUAUUAAAUAAAGGUUUCCACACCCGUUCCCGUUCACGGCACAUGCCAACCAGGACAGCCUCCAGCCAACCCAUCGUGGGAAAUCGAGACCACUCCUUCCACCUGUUACCAGCGAAGUAUCGUUGUCCGAAGUGAGGGGGGGACUGUAACGUGGCUUUCACCACCUUACAAUAAUUUACGUCAACACCACUACACCCGACCUCAACGUAGAGCUUUCCACCAUACCAGAAUUAUCCUAAACUUCACCUCACCGCACUGACCAAAGCUACGCACACAACUCACCCCACUACAGUGGCGAAAGCUGCGCUGUGCUGCUAUAUAAGCAAGCACUUCACAUCCAGUGCGAUCAUUUUCUUCCAGCACUCCGGCGAGGACGGUCGCCAUCGGCAGCAACAGGCAGGGGCUUCCAAACUGUCAAAAUGCAUGUCUUAACUAUGGUGGUGGCAUAUUCUCGCGUGGCGCAAAAUUUAAAUAUACUGGACGAACCGAGAGAGAAAUUUUAAACGACAUCAUAUAUUCAUCUUAUUCACCAUUGGAAGAAGAUGGUUUAGAAAACAAAACAAAAUCCAACAGCGUACCAGUCACACCAUCUAGUCCAAAAGGCGACUUGUCUUAUAUCCGGCAUAUACAAGUUACCUAAGUAAGUUUCUUGAAUUGCCAAAACUACAAUCCAUGCAGUCUGAAGUCGGUCGCGUAUGGAUCAAUUUAAAUUACAGUAGCCAUCGAACGUGUAACCGUUAGAUAUAACGCAACACUAGCUUUGGCAUCAGCAGAAAAUUAGGAAAACGGCUUCAACGGCAGCAGCGGUAACAAUAAAAGUAGGUUAU